CUGUUAAAGAAGAACUGAUUCUGGAUCAGGAGCAGCGGGAACAGGAGCUCCACCCCAUAAAGGAGGAGCCGGAGGCCAGGUUUCCAUUCACUGCUGCUCAUGUCAAGAAUGAAGAGGAUGAAGCGAAGCCUUCAAUCUCUGAACCUGAACCGCAACCAGAAGGUGGAGCUUUUCCAAGCGGCGCCUCGGUGAAGCUUCUAAAGGCAGAAAUCAAAGAAGAGGACUGUGGAGCAGAAGAAUCCAGCAGAAAACCAGAUCUAAACUCUCCUGGUGGCUUUUUCAACUGCUUCAAGACUAAAGACCACAAAGAUGAAAAGUUUUAUGAUGUAAAUUAUCAUAAAACUCUCCUCAAAUGCCUGCCAGAUACUGAAGCUGAAGACGGUGAGCCGUGGGAAAUAAUAGCGGACAGAUCUACUCAGGUUCGAGGGUCACGCAAAACGAGAUGGAAACAGGAAGAUGUAGAUUUAUCGCAGGAAGGUCAGAACUACCGCGAAGGUGAUGAUACUAUAAGCAGGAAUCAAAAUGAGCUGACGGAUUUAACAAUCCAGAAAAAGGACAAAUCUUUCCGUUGUGAAGCAUGUAGUAAAAUUUUUUCCUCAAAGUCAAACUUGAACAGACACACAAAGAGCCACACAGGAGAGAAACCCUUUGGUUGUGAUAUUUGUGGUAAAAGGCUAACCUCAAAGGAUGUUUUAGACAGACACAAGAAAAUCCACACGGGAGAGAAACCCUUUACUUGUGAUGUUUGUGGGAGACGGUGGCCGUCAAAGACCGAUCUGAACAGACACCUGACCAGCCACACUGGAGAGAAGCUCUUCAGUUGUGCCUAUUGUGGAAAAAGACUCACUUCAAAAUCAAUUUUAGACAAACACGUGAGAAUCCACACAGGAGAAAAGCCCUUUGUUUGUGAUGCCUGUGGUAAAAGGUGCAUCUCCAUGUCGGCCUUAAACAGACACAUCAAAAGCCACUCGGAGGAGAAACUCUUUGGUUGUGAAGUUUGCAAGAAAAGUUUCCCCUUAAAGUCUGAGUUAAAUACGCACAUGAAAAUCCACUCGGGAGAAAAACCGUUUAGUUGUGACGCUUGUGGCAAAAGAUUUUUUUUCAAGUCGGCAUCUAGAGGUUUGGUUCUUUCAGGCUCUGGAGAGCGUGGAGAAGAUUCUGAAACCGAGGAUAGCGAGGAGGAUCGGGAAGAGAGCAGAGUUCCUGAGGCAGACACAAACACUGUCAGCAAAUCUGGGAAACAAGAUGCUAACAGAUCUAUUCAGAGUCGUUCUACGCCGAGAUCCAUGACUUCAGGAUGUUCCAUCGAUGAGAAAUGGUUCACAGAGACGAAAGAAGAAGAAUCACUAAAGAAAAAUACUAAACAGCUAAACUGUAGUGAUGCUAACAUGAACACGGGGGAGAAAUCCUUCAGUUGUGCUGUUUGUGAAAUUAGAUUCACAAGAAAAUAUAAUUUAGUCAGACACAUGAGGAAUCACACAGGAGAGAAACUGUUUGGAUGUGAUACUUGCGGGAGACGUUGUUACUCACAAUGGGAUUUAAACACCCACAAGAAAAUCCACACAGGAGAGAAACCCUUUCUGUGUGAUUCUUGUGGAAAAGGAUUCGUCACCAAUGCUCAGUUAGAAAGGCACAGAAGAAUCCACACAGGAGAGAAACCCUUUAGUUGUGAUACUUGUGGUAAAAGAUUCAACUUAAACGAAAAUUUAAAGGUGCACUUGAAACUCCACACAGGAGAAAAACCAUUUGGAUGUGAUGCUUGUGGCAGAAGAUAUCCCUCAAAGGCAGAAUUAAAUAGACACAUGAGAACCCACACUGGAGAGAAACCAUUUGUUUGUGAUGCUUGUGAUAAAGGGUUUUUCUCAAAGUCAGAUUUAAAUAGACACAUACGAAAACACACAGGAGAGAAACGCUUUGGCUGUGAUGCUUGUGGAAGAGAAUUUUUCACCAAGUCGGAAUUGAACAAACACUUGUUAAUCCACAAAGGAGAAAAGGUCUACGUUUGUGAUAUAUGUGAAAAAAGAUUUAAAUCCAAGGCAAGUUUGAACAUUCACAAAAAAAGUCACAAUGGAGAAAAAUCCUUUGUUUGUCAUGUUUGUGGGAAAGGAUUCACUAGCACGUCCAAUUUAAGGAAGCACAAACAAAUUCACGAUGCAGAAAAACACUUCAUCUGUGAUGUUUGCGGGACAGGAUUUGCCUCCAAUGCAUAUUUAAACAUGCAUCAAAGAACUCACUCUGUAGAAAAACCCUAUGGAUGUGAUGUUUGUGGAAAGGAAUUUAGCUCCAGUGCAUAUUUAAACAUGCACAAAGUUAUUCACAGUGGAGAAAAACCUUUUAAUUGUGAUGUUUGUGGUAAAGGAUUCACCUUCAAGUCGUACGUAAAGGAGCACAAAAGAGUUCAACAUGGAGAAAAUCGUUGUGAUAUUUGUGGUAAAAGAUGUACAACAAGUUCAUAUUUUAAAAGACACAUGGAAAUUCACUAUUCGACCGAGAAACUGAGAGGAAAGAAGUUACCUUUAGGUAAAGAAAAAAAAGCUCAUGUCUGAAGGACAUGUAAGGAUUCGGUUAUUUCUCGCUCUGUUUUCUUAUUACAGAAAUAUUCCUUAAGCUUUUUUGCAUCAUGAUAAUUGAAUUAAAAUAUUUCAGUUUAGAAAUACAUUAAAUAACCGAUUGUUUUAAUCACCUUGUCAGUUUGAACUCUCUGUUCUGACAUUUUUUGGACUGAAGUAUUUUUUAUUUUAGCAAAUUUUGCGUAAAUCUCUCUGUAAACUUGUUGAAUCCCUAAAGUUGGAAACCAUCAAAAGCUGUUGGUUUUUUUUGGUUUAUGUCUUAAGUUUUAUGAAUGUAGUGGGUGAGCUGUGUGCUUAUAUGCCAAUAUUACUGUACUUGUACCAAUACAUUCUUUUAAAAUUUAGACGACUAUAGUGAGCUGCAAAUCUUUUAUUUGUACUUUUUAUGGAAAAAAAGCCAUUUUUUAUUUAGAUGCCCUCAUAUUGGAGUCAUUUGGUUAUUUCAUGUCGAUGUGAAUAAAUAGACGGAUAGAAUCGUAUCAAAUCGAGUGUAAAAAAAAUAAUGAAAAUAGUAAAAAUAACAGUAUUGAAAGCACAUCUGUACAACUUUAAACAGUCAGCAGACAUCUUGUCAUCUGAGUGAAUUUUUUAACAUCAUCACGGUCAGAAAAUUCAGAUUUCUCUUAUUUCAUAUAUUGAGUUUUGCUAUUUAUCCAAUAAAAAAAUGUUUUUACGGCGUCCGUUUCCCCUGAAAGGAGUGUUCACAUGUAAUCCCCAAAACAAACCGGAUUCUUUCUCAGGUUUAUUCCAUAAUUAGGGCCGUAUGAUGAACUGAUCUCUCUUUGCAAAGAUGUAAUAAAUGCCGACUGAGUG